AUGGCUCUGCCCCCAGAAAAUGAGACGGUAGACCCCAUGGGGGACUAUGCAGUUAGCGACACAUCCAUCGGCAAGAAAAAGCGCUCGAAUACAGAAGCUGCUGAAUAUCCCCGCAGACGGGCGACAAUAGCUUGUCAGAUAUGCCGGCUACGCAAGACCCGAUGCAAUGGGGCUCGUCCCAAGUGUCAACUCUGCUCCGAUUUGAAUGCGGAAUGUGUCUAUCGAGAACCUGGUAUUAAACUCGAUGCCGGCGACAAGCUCAUCCUUGAUCAUUUGGCCAGAAUUGAGAGUUUGCUACAUUCGAAUUUACCAAACCAAGGGCCACUUUUAGCCCUAUCCGCUACUUCCCCGGCCACCAGCAACGAUACAAACCUCGGUAGCGACGAUCCGUCAACAAAAACAUCAUCCAGCGGCUUUCCGGUCCAUGGAAGAUUGUCUGCUGUUGGGCUCGGCUCCUGGGUCAACCUACCUGCCAGUCUAAGCAUCUCUACGAUGCCUAAGAUGCAUACCACUCCUGCUCUUCAUCUCCUCCAGUGGCCCCUUAUUCGGGACUUGGUCUCUGGGGCCUGUGAUCCACAACACCUUCUUCAAUUGGAGAUGGCUCGCGAACCAUUGCGGCUGACUCCAAAUUCAGGCUUCGAUUUGACAAACGCAUCCACGUAUGCUCAGGCAUUUUUCAACUAUGGAAAUGUCUGGUACGCCUGCGUGAACCCCUACACCUGGAAUCGAUAUUAUCAAUCAGCUCUCGCGCAAGGAUUCCAGGAAGGACCCAUGAGCUGUCUUGUUCUGCUGGUUUUGGCCCUAGGAAGCGCUAGUCAUAGCGGCAGUAUCUCGUUUGUGUCGCCAGAUCGUGAACCGCCGGGGCUUCCAUAUUUUGCCGCUGCGUGGAGCUUCCUACCGUCGGUCAUGAUGCGAAAUACUGUGGUUGCGGCGCAGUGCAUGGUCAUGGCUUCUGCCUACCUAUUCUAUCUAGUACGACCCCUGGAAGCCUGGACCUUGCUAUCCAGCGUGAGCAUGAAAUUGCAGUUGUUGUUUGGCAGUCCAAAUCGAAUCCCGACUCAGUGGAGAGAGCUGAGUGUGAGGGUAUACUGGAAUGCCUUGUUGUUUGAAAGCGAUCUUCUCGCAGAAUUAGACCUCCCACAUUCUGGCAUUGUCAACUUUGAAGAACUCGUGGAUCUGCCAGGAGGGUUUGAGGAAGAAGAUGAGGAUGAUGGAGAGGAGGAAGACGGGGAUCAUAACGAGGGCGAAGAACGCCGAAUCGCCAGGAAAUAUCAGGGUUCGUCACGCCCGGUGGACUCUCAACUGGCUGUUCGGCGUGAUGAACUCUGGUACUUCCUGGCAGAGAUUGCGCUACGAAGACUCCUCAACCGGGUUAGCCACAUCAUUUACCAGAAAGACAGCACCCACACUCUCGCAUCAUUGGGUCCGAUUGUCUCCGAGCUCGACUUUCAGCUCUCUCAGUGGUACGACAGUCUUCCUCGGCCCGUUCAAUUCCCUUUGACUCCAAAGCCUCUUUCCAAUCCGGUUCAAACGGUGCUGAGGCUUCGCUACAAUGCAUGCCGUACCAUUAUAUACCGUCCAUAUAUCUUGGCUGUUUUUGAGAAUGAACAGGCUGGAGCGGACCCGGGAGUGAAAGAGUGUUGCCGGCGAUGUUUGGAUGCCACACUCCGCCAGCUAGAGCAUGUAACCAGCCAUCGCGAAGGCCACCUUCCAUACCUGUGGCAGGGAGCCCUGUCGAUGGUAUCACAGACGUUACUGAUAAUGGGUGCCACGAUGUCUCCUACCCUCUCUAUCCUACUCCCUCCCGUCUCACAGAUAGAUGCGAUCAUUGCGGGUGUGGUAAAUGAGGUAGAGAGGUAUGCACACCUAGCACCUAGCCUGAAACUGUCAGCCGAGAUUAUUCGAGAUGCAGAGAGACGACGACAGAUUUGUCUUCGAUCGGCCAAUAUGUGCCUCUGA